AUGCCGCCAAAAGGCAAGGGGGCUGACCAGCCCAAGAAGGCGAAGCCCUCUGUGGAUGACAAAACAUUUGGUAUGAAGAAUAAAAAGGGUGGCAGUGCGAAGAAACAAAUUGCCCAACUCCAGGCACAAGCCAAGUCAAACAAGUCACCUGAGGAGAAACGAAAAGAGGCCGAGAAGGAACAGAGAAAGAAGGAAAAGGAGGCGGCUGAAAAAGCCAAGGCAGAGGCUGCGGAGUUAUUCAAGCCGGUUCAGGUGCAGAAGGUGCCUUUCGGCGUCGACCCCAAGACAGUGCUGUGCCAAUUCUUCAAACAAGGGCAUUGCGAAAAGGGCAGGAAAUGCAAGUUCAGCCACGACCUCGACGUCGGAAAGAAGGUGGCAAAGAGAGAUCUCUACCAAGAUACUCGGGAAGGGGAGAAAGAGGAGAAGGAAAAGGACACUAUGGAUGACUGGGACGAAGAAAAGCUGCGCAAAGUUGUUCUCAGCAAACACGGCAAUCCUCGAACGACGACAGACAAGGUCUGCAAGUAUUUCAUCCAGGCGGUCGAAGAAGGGAAGUACGGCUGGUUUUGGACCUGUCCCAACGGAGGCGACAAGUGCAUGUACAGGCACAGUUUACCACCUGGGUUCGUACUCAAGACUCGAGAGCAGCGGCGUGCCGAGAAGGAACUUAUGGACAAGUCUCCUUUGAAGACCCUCACGCUAGAAGACUUUUUAGAGUCUGAACGACACAAGCUCACGGGGACUCUGACUCCUGUAACGCCCGAGACCUUUGCCAAAUGGAAGAAGGAGCGUAUGGACAAGAAAGCUGCAGAAGAACAAGCACGAAAGGCCAAGGAAGCCACUGGGCGUGCCAUGUUUGAAAGCGGGAACUGGCAAGAUUCUGAAGACGAAGACAGCAGCGAUGACGACGACGACGAUCACGGCUCAUUCAAUCUUGAGGCGAUGCGCAGAGAGACAGAAAGGAUCCGACAGCAGAAGGAAGAAGAGAGGCUCGCAAGAGCCAACGGCGGGGUGGUCCCUGACGACGACAACGACGCUGCAGAAAGUCCAGCGGAUGAGUCUGAAGGUAACGGAACCACGGAAGAUGGCAGGGAGGAGGAUGGCGGGGGACAGGGCUGA